GUUUGCUGUCCACCUAAUUCUUGUACAUGGAAUCCUCACCGUACCACACCCUUCUGAUGAACGGCUGGGAUCUAACGCUAUAGCGAAAACCAGAAAGUGGUUUCUGUUGACUACUACAGUAUUACCUAGCAGCUUCCGGUUCCAAUAUAUAUCCAUACUCUUGUAGCCGUAGAGAGAGAGAGAGAGAGAGAGAGAGAGAAAUGGAGUACUCUUCUUUCUUUCUAUGGAUUUCAGUUACGUGUUCAUGCAUCUAUGUCCUCCUCCUCCUUGCAAAGAAACGAUCUGACCAAGGGCGCCUCCCACCAGGUCCUUUCCCACUUCCCAUCGUCGGAAGCCUUUUCAAACUCGGUAACAAGCCCAACGAGUCACUUGCCCAGCUCUCCACCACAUAUGGCCCACUGAUGACCCUAAAGCUGGGCUAUGUAACAACGAUUGUUGUUUCAUCUGCCAAGAUUGCCAAAGAAAUCCUCCAGAAGAAUGACAAGGUUCUCUCCGGUCGAACCGUUGUGGAUGCCAUCCGAGCGCUACGUCACCAUGAAGCAUCGAUGGCAUGGCUACCACCAAACACACGCUGGCGGAGGCUGCGGGUUUUGUGCAACACACAUAUAUUCACCACCCAGAGGCUUGAUUCAAGCCAAGACCUCCGGCAGAAGAAGGUGCAAGAGCUAAUAAAUUACAUAGGCGAGAACUGUCGAACGGGGCGGGCAGUGGAUAUUGGCAAAGCUGCUUUUGUCACCGCCCUUAAUCUGAUAUCGAACACCGUCUUCUCCAUCGAUUUGGUCGACCUCAAUUCCAAAUCCACGCAAGAAUUCAAGGAUCUUGUAUCGGAAAUUAUGGUAGAUGUAGGGAGGCCGAAUCUGGGGGACUACUUCCCUUUGAUCAGGCCGAUCGAUCUAGAAGGCAUAAGGCGUCGCGUGACCGCGAAAUUCCAGAAGCUGCAUACAAUUUUUGAUCAAUUGAUCGAUCAACGUCUACGGUCACGAUCGUUGCCGGACACUCCCAGAAGGGACGAUUUCCUCGACCUGCUUCUUGAUCAAAGUGAAGUAAGCGGCUCGGAGCUCGAUCGUCAUGACAUAAAAACGCUAUUCGUGGACAUUUUUGUUGCAGGGAGUGAUACAAGCUCGAGCACACUAGAAUGGGCCAUGUCAGAGUUACUACAUAACCCACAAGCCAUGGCAACCGCACGAUCGGAGAUCGCUGAAACCAUCGGCACAGAAAAACAAGUGGAAGAAUCGGACAUCGCUGGACUGCCAUACUUACAAGCCAUCGUAAAGGAGACCCUACGCCUGCACCCACCGGUUCCACUCCUACUACCACGCAGAGCUGAAUCCAGCACCGAAAUCUGUGGAUUCACCAUACCUAAGCACGCUCAAGUGCUUGUCAAUGCAUGGGCCAUCGGCAGGGAUAUGAAUACUUGGGUGGACCCCACUUCCUUCAUCCCUGGUAGGUUCUUAGGUUCUGAGGUUGAUUUCAAAGGCCGAGAUUUCGAGCUCAUACCAUUCGGGGCUGGCCGUCGGAUCUGUCCUGGAUUGCCGCUUGCCAAUCGGAUGGUGCACUUGAUGCUGGCUUCACUUCUACAUUCGUUUGCAUGGAAGCUUCCUGAUGGGAUGACCCCACAGGAGAUGGACAUGAGUGAUAAGUUCGGCAUCACCUUACAAAAGACGGUUCCACUUUGUGUUGUCCCCGUGCAGGGUUGACGGGAUAUCUCUUUCUACGGCUACAUUACUGUGUUUCUCGUAUGAUAUUGGUGACUUAUCCGCUGUAUAUAUAUAUGUGGUAUAAAUUUGUAUUAAUCUAGACCGUCUAAAUGGUAGGAGCUAUAAUUGAUUGGGCAUAUAUCGUGGAGGUUACCCUGAUCAAGCGGUCCUAAACAUUCAAGUGCUGUGGACACCCAAUGAAUGAUAUAAAGGAAAAUGUCCAGAGGUUCGAAAUUAAAGCUGAUAUCAGAUGCUUAAGAAUGCCUUA